UAUAUUAACAUCCGCAGAAGAUGAACUUCCGUCUGAUCGACUAAACAAAUUCAAACCGACAGAGUCGUUACUGCGAGGUAAACGUUGUUUGGAAAAUCGUGGAAGUAGCUUUGAAUUGAAAGACGAAUUUUUGGUGUUGCGUGAGAUUCUUCUUUGACUAGAAUAGCAAUGGCUUUAAGAAAUCGGACUGCACUUACGAAUAUUGUAAAUCAAGAAAAUGUUAAAAACCUUAAGUCCUCAGUGACUACAAUACCUGGAAAGACUAAAAGAGCUGCUUUGGGUGAAAUAGGUAACAAAGUGAAUACCUUAAGAGGUGUGGAGCCCAUUGAUAGAACUAGCUUGCUGACAAAAGAUAGUAAAAAAAUCACAGUUUCAAAACAAAUUAUUAAAACAUCAGAAAAAGGAAUUGAGAAAUUACCUAUCCAAAUAGUUAAACCUGUAAAAAAGAUUACAGUUUCUUAUGAAAAUAAUGUGGUGUCACUACCUCCUAAGGAGGUUCAGUCAUUCUCCUCAGAUCUGUUAGCAGUUGAGGAUAUUGAUGAAGAAGAUAAAGGAAAUCCUAGUCUAGUUUCUAUUUAUAGUAAUGACAUUUAUGGAUAUUUAAGAACCUUAGAAAAUAUGUUUCCUAUCUCAAAAGGAUAUUUAGAUGGACAAGAAGUUACACCAAAAAUGAGAAGUGUACUUAUAGAUUGGUUAGUAGAAGUACAUCAACAAUUCCAUCUAAUGCAAGAGACAUUAUAUCUGACUGUUGCUACUAUUGAUAGAUUUUUACAGGCUUUUCGUUCAAUAGAUAGAAAAAGAUUACAAUUAGUUGGUGUGACAGCUAUGUUUAUAGCUAGCAAGUACGAAGAGAUGUAUUCUCCAGAUGUAAAUGACUUUGUAUAUAUCACAGAUAAUGCAUACUCAAGGAUAGAAAUAUUACAAAUGGAAAUGCUUAUUGUGAAAACAUUAGAUUAUUCUUUUGGUAGACCAUUACCUUUACAUUUUUUGAGAAGAUACAGCAAAGCUGGAAAGGCUCUUCCAAUACAUCAUACAAUGGCCAAAUAUUUUCUAGAACAAAGUUUAGUGCAUUAUGAAAUGUGUCAUUAUCCACCAAGUCUUAUUGCAGCUGCAGCAAUAUAUUUAGCUUUCCUAAUUAUUGAUAAUAAUGACGAGGACGAGCAUAAAAUUGUUUGGACCAAUACCUUGGCACAUUACAGCACUUAUUCUAAGGACGACGUGUUUCCCGUCGUACGGGAAACAGCGAGUAUUAUAGUUAAUGCGGAUAAGAUUAAAUAUCAAGCUGUAAGAAAGAAGUACGCCCAAUCGAAAUGCAUGAAGAUUAGCACACGACCGGAACUUAAAUCAGCAACGAUAUUUGCUAUAUCCACUGCGGAUAAUAAAACAAUAUAAUAUUCAAUUUAUAAAAUAAUUACAGUGAAACAUUGGUUUGUUCAAUAUUUCAUUGGACAAAAUAAAUUAUAUAGGAUAAUACAUAGGAUAAUACAUCUUUAAAAGGAGAAAUACAUAAAAUGAAUAGACGAAAUAAAAAGAAAAAGAGACGAGACUAUCUUCAUUCGUCGUUUUUCUUAUAUAUAUAUAUAUAUUAUUUUCAUUUUAUAAAUAUCAUAUAAUUAAAUCUUUAUUUCGUUGGCUAUCUUAAUUAACAUUAAAAUUAUUUCUAAAUAAUGACUUUCACUCCAAAAUCUAUUGGAGAAAUUAAGAAAAAAACAUACUAUUAUUAAUAAUGUAUGUAAAAAUAUUAUUAUAAAAAAAACAAUAGAAUAAUUAAUUUUUUAUCUAGAAAAUACGUAAUAAAAAAUAUGUAGUUACAGGAAAAAAUAUUUAAAUUGCAAAAAAAUUUUUCGAUUAUCUAUGAAAUUCGAAACUUGUGAACGAUAGUCUCGUUUAAAAUCAAGAUAUUUGCCUCAAGCAUAUAAGUUCUAUUAAAAAUGGGACAGUUUAAUUCUGAAUAUUACAGGAUUGUAUGAAAAUCGUAAAAAAGAAAGAAAAAUUUUAAUAAGUAAUUUCAUAUAAUUAACUCGAAUAUUCUUUAUUGACGAGUAUGAUAUAUUGCAUUGUUUUAAAUUAUAUCUGAUUUAUUAAAAGCAAAUAUUUAAUGCAGAAAUUACUUAUUAAAGAUUUUUUUAUCUUUUUACGUAAUUAGUAACUUAGAGUAAUUAUAUAGAAAGUUUUUUUUAAUAUAGAAAUGAAAAAGAUGGAAGCAUGAGAGUAUAGUCAAUUGAUAUGGAAUAUAUAUAUAUAUAUCUUUUGGAUUAUUAUAGAGGAAAACUAUCGAACAACGUUUGCCGAAAGAUCUCUGUUUAAAUUCAGUAAAAUUUCGGCAAAAUGAUGAAAGAUAUAAAAUAUUAAAAUCUAAAGAAUUUAUUAUUAUUAUGAUUUCUGGUCAUAUUUAUUAUAUUCAUUUUAGUACUAUAUUUUAAUACUAUAUUUGACUAUA